CAAAGAAGAAGACAGCACCCCCUUCCGGUAGCAUCUUUAAUAGUCGAUCCGAGGAGGCCUGCGGUGACUGUAAAGACGCUUUUUAUGAAUCGCUGUGUAUGUUUAGUAUUACCAACUUGAACACUUUUGUUACAAGUUCCGCCUCUGCCACGGAAGAAGGUUUCGGGGAUGAAAUAUCGGGCGCCUUGUUUGCUUAGCAACUGACUGCGGUGUUGCUAGCGAAGAAGAUGCGGGAUGGGCUGCUGAGAUUCGGCGUUUUCCUGUGCUUCGACAUGGGAGCAUAAAUCAGCAGGGCAACAAUGAAGACGGGACGGUGGGGUCUCAAGCGCGGAAUUGUCGCCACUCCAGCAUCAUGUGCUCACUGACGAUGCCCACCCCCACCGGGGAAGGCUUCACACCUCUGCUGCUCCCACUCCACCGGCAGGAAACAUCCACGCCGGUCUCUGCCGUCUCAUUAUGGGUCACUUGAAAUUUUCCACCACGCUCAGAGAGAACGUCCUCAUGGCGAACAAUUCUCUGGGCUUCCAGGCGCCUCCCAAUCACGCCAAGCCGACCGCCGUGCCCCCGGAGAGCGUUACCGGCAUCAGUCUCUCCCUGCGGGUCUUCUUCUGCUUCGUCAUGGUUGCUAUUUUGUUGCUGGCAUUGCUGGGGAACAUGGUGGUUUGUCUGAUGGUCUACCAGAGAUCCGCCAUGCGCUCGGCCAUUAACCUGCUGCUGGCAAGCCUGGCCUUUGCGGACAUGAUGCUCGCCGUCCUUAACAUGCCGUUCACGCUGGUGGCCGUCAUGAGCACCAGCUGGGUUUUUGGGGAGGUUUUCUGUCGCGUGUCCGCCAUGCUCUUUUGGUUCUUCGUGAUGGAAGGCGUGGCCAUCCUGCUGAUCAUCAGCAUCGAUCGCUUCCUUAUUAUCGUCCAGAAGCAGGAUAAGCUGAGUCCGCAGAGAGCCAAGAUGCUCAUCGUGGUCACUUGGGGGCUCGCAUUCCUUUUCUCCUUCCCUCUCGCUGUGGGGUCCCCUCGCCUACAGAGCCCCCCCAGGGCGCCUCAGUGUGUUUUCGGCUACAGCACCGAACCCGGGUACCACACCUACGUGUUGAUAUUAAUGCUGGUCUUCUUCUUCAUCCCCUUCAUGGUCAUGUUGUACACGUUCAUGGGGAUUCUGAACACCAUCCGCCACAACACGGCCCGCAUCCACUCCCACCCGGACGGCAUGUGCCUGAGCCAGGCCAGCAAGCUGGGCCUGCUGAGCCUGCAGAAGCCCUUCCAGAUCAACAUAGACGUGAGUUUCAAGACCCGUGCCUUCGCCACCAUCCUCAUCCUCUUCUCCGUGUUCACGGUGUGCUGGGCGCCCUUCACCGCCUACAGUCUGGUAUCCACCUUCAACCGCCGCUUCUACCACACCGACGGCUUUUUCCAAGUCAGCACGUGGGUGCUGUGGCUCUGCUACCUGAAGUCGGCCCUCAACCCGCUCAUUUACUACUGGCGCAUCAAAAAGUUCCGCGACGCCUGCUUGGAUCUGAUACCAAAGUACUUCAAGUUCCUUCCGCAGCUGCCGGGCAACACCAAGAGGCGCAUCCAGCCCAGCGCCGUCUACGUGUGCGAAGGCCAACGCUCUGCGGUUUGAGCGACAAUUCCGUACGGCUAUUUUGUCAAGUGUUCAUCUGGAUCAGGGCUGCAAAAAAAAAGGGAAAAAAAUUCCUGUUAAUCCAUCUGCAACAAAUAAUCAACGAUUGAUUGAUUAACAUCUAUUUACACAUUGAUUCAUUACAUUACAUUCAAUUAAUCAUGCAUUAACUCAUGCAUUAUUUUAAAAUACAGUCAUUAUUUAUUCAUGUUUCUUGAACGUCCCAGGGAAUUUGAAGCCAGUCAAUUGUGAUUGACAUAUUUUCCGGAAUAUUGCAGCCCUCAUCUGGAUGGUGUUGACGCCGCGUCACGGAAAUAAUAAAUGGCGUGACAUCAUAUUCCAACACAGGGUAACUCUCCAAGGAAGAAUGCAAAAACAACAAAAAAGCACAUAUCUCAUUAAUUCAUCAUCACGUGUGCUUUGUUUAUUAGUAGAAGCUUUGUUUGGAAGUUGCACAGCGGUGCUAGCGAUGUAGGUGCUGCACUACUACUACUACUACUACUACUACUUCAUUCACAGCUUCCAUCGUGCUUGACAUGAAGUACUCCGAGCUGUCAUUUGUAUUUUUCUGUCAUACUCCCAAUUGCCAUUUUCUGGUGCGAUGAAGUUAUUUAUUUUAUGAUAUCCGUACGCUGCAGUAAACAAUAUUUUUGAGCUCAUUUCAUAAUUAAUGUGAAGGCUUUGAGGUACUGGUGAAGUUCUCCUGUGUACUGUUAAACCUUAGUGCCAAUAUAUACGUUGCUUUUUAGAAUGACAUGUCGGUUGCCACAUUCGAUGUACUUUAUUGCCUUUUUUUAAAAAAAAUAAUCGUGUGAUAAAUUUGAAAUAAUUGUAUACAUUUCAAAGUCAUUGUACAGCUCCUUGUAUGCGGAAACCACCAAUUUAAACCUGGUUCAAGCCAACAGAGAGUACUGGGUUUGCUUUGGUACUUCUCACAGGGUGGGCGAUACUGCAAAGUGUCCGUCCCACACCAAGUAAAUUCAGGGCCAGUAUUGUCGAUACUGAUACUUUUACUUGAAGUUUUUCAAGCUCAUUGAAUGAUGUGAAUUUUCCUUUACACAAUAAAGAUCUUGGGUAUAGUGUG